GCUGAGCUGAGCUUCGUGUUAUUUCAGCCCGUAAUGGACGGUUCCAAUCGGAUAUCACAGCACGCGGGAGCAAGGGAAGCAAGGGAGAAAACAGGAAAGGAAAAAAAAAAAGGAGUUCGUCACGACGAGUCCACCAGACGCAGGCCGAGUGCGGGGAAGCAUCGAAAGACCGCAAUUCAGAGAUGGCGACGAACGAGCGCCCGAGGUUGGGGAUAGCGUCGGAGCUUUCCCCGCACGCUGCGCUCCAAUAUUCUGUACCUUUAGGUAAUGCCGAAUCCAUGGAUGGCAGUGCUGCUCUGAUAGGCAGACCCAAAAAAUGGGUGGAAGAGCAGGUCUGGACUGGAGAGAAUUGUUGGUCGGAUGUAACUCAACUCCCCCUCCACGUCACCGAAUCCAGGCAUGAGGUACGGGGGGGAAAGGAAGAAAAAGAGAAAGAAAGAAACAACUGGAUUCUAUUUUGGAUCGUAAUAUUCUAUCUUGCACCCGGACAGAGAAUUUUUUCGGAUCGACCUCUUGUAUUCUUUGGAUUUUACUCACAAAUGCAUCAAAAACCAGAACUCAAAGCUCAGCCGUAGGGUAUCAUAUCGCAAUGCCUGCUAAACUGUCGACUGCCAUCCUGUAGGCUUCAUGGAAAUCACAAUCACCGUCGCCCUCCGCCGAAGCCCAAAUUACCCCUCCGUUCUUGAAUCGGCCUGCAUCAUCAUCAUAGCCAUGUUCCGAAUUCGAUCCGCCUUGAUCCA